AUGCCGCGCGGAGAUCGCCAACAGCGUCUGAUUUGUGUUGGGGCCGUGUACAUGGACACGAUUCUCUCCGUCCCCCAUUACCCCGAGGAAGACACAAAACUGCGAGCCGCAAGUCUCGUCCGCCGGCGCGGCGGCAACACCGCCAACACCCUCGAAGUCAUCUCCCAGCUGCUGCUGCAAAACAUGGACAGGAAGGAAUCGACGUACUCCCUGGAGCUCUCGCUCCUCACCGUCUUGCCCGAUCCAGAGUCGCAAGAUACGAAGACGGUCAUCAGAUCCCUCCCAGACGUCAGACCGCACCUGUAUCUGUACCGCCAGGGCCAGCCAGUCGCGGCCAGCAGCUACAUCAUCCAGUCGGUGGCGAACCUGUCGCGGACGAUUGUCAGCGCCAACCCACUCGCCGAGAUGACUGUGGAGGAGUUUAGGAGGGGCAUCGCCCCGCUCGUUGAUGACCCUGCUAUCGGCGCGAAUGAUGUGUGGAUCCACUUCGAAGGCCGCGUGCCGGAGGUGUUGCUACCGUGUGUCAUGUGGCUGAGGCACACGUACGGAUACGCUGGGAAGGUGAAGAUUAGUGUCGAGUGCGAGAAGCCGGACAGGGUGGGUUUGAAGGAGGUGGCGGCGCUGGCGGAUAUGGUGUUCUACUCGAAGAUCUGGGCCGAAGCCCACUACGAAAACUCGCUCUGUCUCUGCGACCAACCAGACCCAGCCGAAACCUUCCUACGCACGCAGCUCUUCUGCACACAUCCCCGCGCAAUCUUGGUAUGCACAUGGGGCGUCGGCACCACAGCGGUGCUGGUAAAAGGCACCAACCAAGCCCCUCUUACCGCGAAGCAGCCAGCCUGGCGUCCGCUGCGGAAUUACGACGACCCAGCCAACGACCCGCGGCCCGUCGAUAGCGUCGGCGCGGGCGAUACAUUUGUGGCGGGCAUGCUGUACGGCGCCAUGGCGCAGGCGGGCUGGACGACGGACGAGCGGCUGAUGUUUGCGAGCGAGCUUGCAGGCAGGAAGGUGCAUCAGGAGGGAUUCGCGGGGCUGGGGGAUCGGAUGAGAGAGAGCCUUGUGUGGGGGGAGAAGCUGAAGGUUGUCUCUACGCAGAGCUCUCCGGACUAG